CCAGCAGAAAAUUAAGUCCUAGUUAACCUAGCACUAGGUGGCUUAGCACCUUGGAGGAUCUGAGCCUGGGGGAGUUUAGGCACCUCCAGAGGCAGGUGACAGCUGAGUGAAGGUUUUGAGGAUCCCAGUGGAACUUCAAUGUUGGAUGUAGGCUCCUAAAUCCCUUGGUGGAUCUAGCCCUUUCCUUAUGUGUGCCUCAGUUUCCCCCAUUUAACUGGUACUAGGCUGUUAAGAUAGGAUUUGCAAAGCCACUUGGGGGUAGGGGCUAUACAUUCAGUGCCCAUGCUUUUUCAACAGACUCUGUGUGUUCAAAUCUCCUAGGUAGCUUUGAAAACCCUAUGCCCCCCCUUCCCCUCCACACACACACAAAUCUCAUCUGCUUUGCAAUCUGGUUAUUUCAUGCCUGAUUCCUGCCUCCCCCUAAAAGUUAGCUGGGUUUGAGCUGCCAGGGAUUGCAUCCUGCUUUGACGCUGUUUAAUAAACCCCAUUGCAAUUAAAAUGCCAGCUCAGCUGUCCCCCAAAUCCUAGGGGGCCAAUUUCCCUUCAUCUGGUCCAGCAGAGAGCAUCCAUCAGCACUUUCUCAUUAGCAUGUGAGUUUAUAGAUCGGUAGCAGGGCUAAGGGCUAUCAGAGUUAGAGUGGAGAACUGAGCAACCACCAGCACCUCAAAAUGUGAUCAGCUUGGGAGACUUCUGGAGAGCCAUUAACAAAUUAGACAACUAAAAAAUCAUCUCCCCAGAAAGCUGAACCGGCUCUGACUUGUUGGUCCUUUUGCCAGUGGAAAUUUUCUCUCUGUCUCCCCUUCUGCUCAACCACGGCCACCAGUAUUUCAGGUCCCUCAGACUUGAUUUCACAGGCCCAAUGGAGCAGCUGUGGAGAAACCAGACUCCAGUGGGGGAGUUCCUCCUGGCAGCCCUUUCCCCGACUCCACAGUCCCAGGCCGCCUUGUUUGCUGUAUUUCUCUUGGUCUAUGUCUCCACGCUGGUGGGUAAUACCCUCAUCAUGGUGACGGUCAGCUCUGACCCCUGCCUCCGCACUCCCAUGUAUUUCCUGCUGGGCAACCUCUCCUUCCUGGACCUCUGCUACUCCACCGUCACUGCCCCCAAGAUGCUGUUGGACUUCCUGUCUGAGAGAAGGAGUAUUUCCUACCAGGCCUGCAUGGCCCAGCUCUUCUUUCUGCACUUUGUUGGAGGAGCCGAGAUGUUCCUGCUCACUAUCAUGGCCUACGACCGCUACGUGGCCAUCUGCAAGCCCCUCCACUACCCCAGCAUCAUGAAUCGGACACUGUGCAGCUGGAUGGUGGCAGCUUCCUGGGCGGGAGGGUUCAUCCACUCCACGGUCCAGACCAUCCUCACCAUGCGGCUGCCCUUCUGCGGGCCCAACUGGGUGGACAACUUCUUCUGCGAUGUCCCACCAGUGAUCAAGCUGGCCUGCACCGACACCUACGUGGUGGAGCUGCUCAUGGUCUCCAACAGUGGGCUGAUCUCCACCAGCUGCUUCAUUAUCCUGGUAGCCUCCUACAUCACCAUCUUGGUGAGAAUUCGCUCCCCUGAAGGGUGGCGCAAAGCGCUAUCCACCUGUGCCUCACACCUGACUGUGGUGACCUUAUCCUUUGGGCCCUGCAUCUUCAUCUACACCUGGCCCUUCUCCAUCUUCUCAGUGGACAAGCUGGUCUCAGUCCUGUACAACAUCAUCACCCCCAUGCUCAACCCCUUGAUCUACACGCUCAGGAACAAAGAGGUGAAGUCAGCCAUGAAGAGACUGAGGACAAAGGGCAUUACUUCCAGGGAGAAGGGAUGGAGCAUGAGAAUGGCACAGGGGUGACAGAGUUUGUGCUACUGGGGCUAUCCCAGACCCGGGAGAUCCAGCUCUUCCUCUUCAUCUUGUUCCUCGUCUUCUACUCCAUGAUCCUCCCAGCAAACA